GCGGUGAGGGAGAGAUGACGCGCAGAACAGAGAUGCUGCUUGUGUUCGCUGUGCACAUCAGCAGCAGCAGCAGCUUCUCUCCUUCAGUCACCGAGAGGCAGGCAGAGGCUGCACGUCCGCUGGCUCAGAGGGACACUGCUCAGCGCUGCCUGCGGGUCGAGUCCACGCUGCUUUUUAAAUGGAUGUAUCUUAGCGCUGAAGAGGACAGUGGACUGCGCUCUCGUGGCCGUGCGCAAAACAAGACACGGGCUUUCACGGCGCUUUGGAUUUUAGGGAAACCGGUUUGAAUCGACGACAGAGAGGGUACCACACUCUCCCCCCUUUCGUUAGCCAGCUAAGCUAACUAGCCCGCUAAGUUAGCAGUGAUACUUUGAACCGCACAGUCGCUCCUCUGCGUUUAGCCUCUGCGGUUUGUUGCGCCAGGGCAGCAGCGGAUCUGUGCGCCGCGCGUCACUCUCGGAGCAUGUUUGAGUGACAGGCCAAAGAGGAAGUGGGAUCUCUGAAGCUCCGCCCACUCCACUGGUGGAGCGCCCUGUACAUCUCGGCAGAGACCCCCAAAUCACUUCUACAGCAUGCGGAGGUUCGCCUACUGUAAGGUGGUCUUGGCCACUUCUCUGGUGUGGGUGAUGCUGGACAUGUUCAUCCUCCUCUACUUCAGCGAGUGCAACAAGUGCGACGACAAGAAGGAGCGCGGCCUGCCCGGGAGAAAUGAUGCCCUGGUCAAACCGCGGGACGGGCCUGGUGAAGGGGGCAAACCAGUGGUCAUCCCAAAAGAAAGCCAGGAGAAGAUGAAAGAGAUGUUCAAAAUCAACCAGUUCAACCUCAUGGCCUCGGAGAUGAUCGCUCUCAACCGCUCUCUGCCUGAUGUUCGCUUAGAAGGGUGCAAGAACAAGUUGUAUCCUGAUAAUCUUCCCCGCACCAGUGUGGUCAUAGUUUUCCAUAACGAGGCCUGGAGCACUCUGCUGAGGACGGUGCACUCUGUGAUCGACCGCUCCCCUCAGACGCUGCUGGAGGAGAUCGUGUUGGUCGACGACGCCAGUGAACGAGACUUCCUGAAGCGUCCUUUGGAGCAGUACGUGCGUAAGCUGGAGGUGCCGGUCCGAGUGGUGCGGAUGGAGCAGAGGUCUGGACUCAUCCGAGCUCGUCUUAAAGGGGCGUCCAUCUCCAAGGGACAGGUCAUCACCUUCCUGGAUGCUCAUUGUGAAUGCACGACAGGGUGGCUAGAGCCGCUACUGGCCCGCAUCAAGCAGGACAAGAGGACAGUGGUUUGCCCCAUCAUCGACGUGAUCAGUGACGACACGUUUGAGUACAUGGCUGGGUCCGACAUGACGUACGGAGGCUUUAACUGGAAACUCAACUUCCGCUGGUAUCCUGUGCCCCAGAGAGAGAUGGACCGCCGCAAAGGAGACCGCACACUGCCUGUCAGGACCCCCACGAUGGCGGGCGGCUUGUUCUCCAUCGACAGGGACUACUUCCAGGAGAUUGGCACUUACGACGCGGGCAUGGACAUCUGGGGAGGGGAAAACCUGGAGAUCUCGUUUAGAAUUUGGCAGUGUGGGGGGACACUGGAGAUCGUCACCUGCUCUCAUGUGGGACAUGUCUUCAGAAAAGCAACGCCGUACACGUUUCCUGGAGGAACGGGGCAAAUUAUCAACAAAAACAACAGGCGUCUGGCAGAAGUCUGGAUGGAUGAAUUCAAAAACUUCUUCUAUAUCAUAUCUCCUGGUGUGACCAAAGUAGACUAUGGUGACAUCACGUCUCGCAGCUCUCUGAGACAGAAGCUCCAGUGUAAACCGUUCAGCUGGUACUUGGAGAACGUGUACCCGGACUCCCAGAUCCCCAGACACUACUACUCCCUGGGCGAGAUCCGUAAUGUUGAGACAAACCAGUGCCUAGACAACAUGGCCCGCAAAGAGAAUGAGAAAGUGGGCAUUUUCAAUUGCCACGGCAUGGGAGGCAACCAGGUGUUUUCUUACACUGCAAACAAAGAGAUUCGAACAGAUGACCUGUGUCUGGAUGUGUCCAAACUCAACGGACCCGUCAUGAUGCUCAAGUGCCAUCACCUGAAAGGAAACCAGCUGUGGGAGUACGACCCUGUGAAGCUAACACUGGUGCACGUGAACAGUAACCAGUGUUUAGACAAGGCGAGCGAGGAGGACAGCCAGGUGCCCAGUGUCAGAGACUGUACGCACUCACGGUCCCAACAAUGGCUGCUCCGGAACGUCACACUACCUGAAGUCUUCUGACCACGCCCACAAAAUUCACCAGUCAUAUGAACAGAGCCCACAGGGACAUAUUUUAUACGAGUGGGCUAAUGUGAAAUAAAAAGUUUUGGGACGAAAAUGUCGAUGGACUGGAUGGUACUACCUCUGCCACAGAUCAGAGGAGCGCGUUCGACCCUCCUCGCUACAGGCAAAGACUCCAUCGAGGAGAAUAUUGAUGGUCCAUUUUGUUUUUAAGAGAUUUUAACUUUGGUGACUGAUAUCAGAGGCGACGUGGUUCUGCACUCAUGGCUUCCUUGGACAUAGCAAAGUCCACCCCUUAAAGGUUCACUAUGUAGCUUUUCUGGUGGAGUUGUCGCCAUGGAGAUGAUAUUGCUUUGCCUGGGAUAAUCCAUGAUACGAUGAUCAUCUUGCUUUUUUUUUUCUUCAAGUGUUUUACUGCUCACAGAACAAACUUGUUGCUUAGACUGGUGCUGGCAAUCCAUACUGAUAGAUGCAUUUAAUGCCAUACUGUGGAACAUUUCAGGCAAAGCAAUGUAAAAGCGUGGAGACAGGUUAGCGGCAGACUCUCCACCAGAAAAGUUACAUAGUGUACCCUUAACUCAUCACUUUAACGUUUACCGACUGCCUCGAAAGAUUGGCUGUGUACUUAUAUUUGUGUGUGUGAGUGAGUGCAUUGUGUGUGUAUGUGCGCCCUGGAUGAGUGUGUGUUUUGAGAUAACUUAGUUUUUUUAUUUAAUUUUUUAAGGUUUGAAAAUAACUCCAAUGAAGAAGGGUGUUGUGUGUAGACGUCCGAGAGCCCCUCCUACUGUCCCUAUAUAUGUUACUGAAGAGUUUGUCUCCCCCUGGUGUCCGUCUGUGGCAUAUCCAUGUGUUCCCUGGACUGGAGGAGCUCAAAGACAAUACAGAUCAGAAAUAUCGUGGACUGAACAACAGAAAUGUAAUGAUAGAUAAUUAUGUUUGUGAUAUCUGAAAGUUCAAUAUGUCCCAGUUUCCAUUAUUUGUCUGUUUAAGUCGGGUGUUGCAGAUCAGAAACUGGUCUGUCUAUGUUUUUUAAUCAUGUUUUAACAUAGAGCUAACACAGAGGGGACUGGGCAUGUCUAACUGGAGCUCACUGCCUAACUCGGUGUUAAACUUAAGGGGACACUCCCUAGAGGCAACACAUAGACAUAGAAUCUGAACAAGCAAAGGUCGUAUUUAUGUCAUAUCUUUGUCCAUAUCUCGACUGAACCACAGCUGUCAGUCUUGACUUUAGCAGAACAAACCAUCAAACUUUCCUCUUGAUUUAAAAGACAUAACCAUAUCAAGAAAAUGACUGAAUCUCAAGGUCGAGUACAAUUCGUUUGAUUGCACAGUAGUCCCAGUAUCAGAAGACAUUGGGGUCAUAUCAGAGAAGUGUGUGUUAUGUGGAGAGAGACGGAGCAGCAGAUUACAGAGAACAGCAGAAGCCCCAAACAUAUCUGAACACACCUGCAGUAUUUAAAUGUAAAUGAUCAUGUUGAAUCAUAUCUGAGACACAGAAAGAUCCCUGAGUUACUCUAUCAGUCAGUUUGGACACACUUUCUCAUUCGGUGUUUUUGUUUUUUGUGUUAACUCCUUUCACUGUAGAUCCAGACUGAAGACAUCAAAUAUAUGAAGCAAGAUGUAUGGAAUUAUGUAAAGAAAAAAAUGAAAUGACUCUAAAUAUGUUUUAUAUUUUCAUUCCAUGUGUUCAUUCAUAGUUUUGAUGCCUUCAGUGAGAAUCUGUAAAUUGUCAUGAAAAUAAUGAAAAAACGGUAAGUGUGUACAAACGUUUGACUGCUAGUGUAUUUGUCCUUCUCAUUUCAAAUAUCAUGCUUCCUUUUUCCGUGGACUUUUGUGCCUCUUUAAGUUGAGGCAGAGAUUAAAGGGUUCAACCAUUUCAGCUUUCUCCAAUGGAGAAGGGUUUACAUGUUUUGGUUCAUCUUUGUUUGUGGCGUUUGAGCCGGUGGAGGCUGUCAGCUGAUGUUACUGUCUAUAACGAGUGAAUGAGUUAUGAUGAAAGGAACUGUAUCACGUUCUGCCGUUCAAGGGUUAAACUGACAUGUCCAGGCUUCCACACUCAGCUGAUCCAAAUGUAGAAAAUAAAGUGAAACGUUUACAGACGAUAACAAGGAAA